AUGGCUCGUAUCCACGGAGCGCAGAUCAUCAUCAUCUACCUGCGCAACUUGAGCCUCUUCGUCGCGAUCGUGUCGCUCGUCUCGCGCAUCGUCCACUAUCUCCGCCCGUGGCGCAAGGCGACGCACGAGACCGCGGCGCUCCUCUCGCGGACAUCGCCCAUCAUCAUUCACGAAGUCACCACGUCCGAGGUGUUUGACUUGCCAGCCGACGUGCUUAGCGCUGUGGCCUCGCCGACAUUUGUUCAGCGGCAGUCAUCCUUGAUCCGCACGCAGUCCUUUCGAAGGGCGUAUGUGGCCAGCGCGCCCACGCCGGCACCCGUGGCCUUGCCGUGGCACCACCGCGCCUUGCACUACAGCAUCCGCAUUUGCAAGAAUGCGCUCGAAAACUGCGUGACGACGCUCGCGACGAUCCUCUUGACCGGCGGAAUGCUCUGUGUCUACCAGAGUCUCCAGGGCAUCGAGCCCGAAGUCGACUUUGUGACGUUUGUGCGGCAUCAGGUGCACCGCCUCAUACGCUAGCGCCCUAGUCAUACUGGCGGCGUGAAAAUCAGAGUCGUUUGCAGCAGCGUACCAACUUCGUCGUAGCGUUAAAACCAAAAACAUACUUUAAAAUGAACGAAUCCAAACACCACAUUUGAGGAAACGAUA